GUCAGUGUUGGUGCGGAGAGGUCAAAGGUCACCUUCAUUAUGGUCAAACAGCAGCGGAGAGCGGACAGGAGUUUCCUACCUGCUGCAGGAGACAGCGUGGCGCGGGUUCGAUUCCCUGUCAGCCCGCUGCACCGCAGGAACUUCCCCCACAGCUCCAACACCACAGAAGAAGAGCGAGGAGACGCAGCAGCUGAUGGAGAGACGAAGAGAGCCAGAAUGGACGGACGUGACGAAGCUGCAGCUCUGACCAAUAGAGAGGCAGCCCCAGGGUCAUGUGGUCAAACAGGAAGUGAGAACUGCUCCACAACAGGUAGAGGCGGUGAGCAGCAGGAGGCAGCAGAGUCUGAUGACAGCAGAGCAGCCGAGCUGCAGACUGUGUGUUCCCUGCAGGUCACCAUCCAGCAGCGCAGUGAUAGCAGAGAGUUCAGACAGACAGACAGGUCGGCUGAGAGACAGACAGGCCCUCAUUGUCACGUCUGUGACCUCACCUGUAGCUCCCUGCAGGUGUUUCAGGAGCACAUGGUCGGAUCAGAACACCUGAGAAAACUGAAGGAGAUGACACACUCCAUCACACUGAACACCCACACCCUGCAGGACAGGGGGCGUCAGACUGACUCGCGGCGCUGGUGUGACACAUGUCAGACGCACUUCAGCGGUGAUGUCAUCAUCCACAGACGGAACAAACAACACAAGAUGUGUAAGCAGCUGUGUCGUCCCUUCUGUCCCGUCUGUAAACGUCACUUCAGGACUCCCAGGAAGUUUGUGGAACACAUGAAGUCUACAGAACACAAAGAACAGGAAGCAGUCAGAGAGGAUUAUGACCCCAACACCAUAUAUGGAAGUAGUUUCAUUCUUCCUGUUUCUGGCUUCGUGUGUCGACUUUGUAACAAGUUUUUCUACAAAGAGACGACGGCACGACACACACACUGCAGGACACACACACACUACCUGCUACUGCAGAGUGUCGGAGCUCAGAGGAAACAUGAAGAUCAGGACGCCUCAGUUUCCCACAAUGCAUCUGUGUGUCCAGGCGAGUGAUGACGUCAUCAUUUCACUUGUUUCUCAACAGAACAGAAACAUGAGAACAAAAUUGUUUCUGCAGGAAUAAUUCAAAAACAAACUGACGUGUUGGACUCUUUCUCCUCUGGAUGAUCUGAUGCUCUGUGAGUCACAGCGCCCCCCGGCGGCCAUCAGAGGAACUUUACCCUCAUAUUUAUACAUUUUUAUAUUAAAGGAUCAUUCAGAUGAUUUUCUGUCUUUAUUUCAUCAUGACGGUCCUGUUUGGGGUUUUAAAUAAAAUAUUUUUGUGUC